CACACACACGCGCGUGCGCGCACACACACACACACACACACACACACACAGACAAAGUAAAUAUUCUUCAGUUUAGUUUAAACAGAAGCUCAAAGUACAGAGACACAAACACACACAUAACACGGUUGAAUCUCAGUUUUCAAGCAGGUUUUGAAGAUGAGGGUCAGUACAUCAGACAGCAGCUCUAUGGGACAUGAAUAUACUGAUGAUAACCAAGUGACCAGUGAUGAUACACAAUUCUGGCAAAAAGAGGCUGUCUCCAGGUUUACAGGUGUAUCUUCUGGCCGUUCUGCGUGGUUGUUGUGUGCUGCUGUCAGUCUAACAGCUGUAAUACUGCUGGUGUUAAUCAUUACUGUAUCUGUAAGCCAUGGGAAGUUUGAGAGUAAGUUCACAGCAACCGAGACAAACAUGAAGAAUUUGAGCCAAACGCUACUGAGCACAAAUAUAAGAGCAAAACAUCUAGAAGAGAACGGACAUAAAGUUCAACUGGACAUCAGCAGUCUGGAGUUUGACCUUCAAACACUACGGGGACAAAUUAAUGACAUGUCUGGUGCAUUACAGACUCUGCAUAACAAGGUUUCAGAGCUCAAAUGUCACAUCAACAAGAUCAGCAACAAAACCAACACACAGGAGCUGUGCUGUACUGAUGGAUGGUUUCUCUUCUCCACAAACUGUUACUUCUUCUCUGAUGAUGGGAUGCCGUGGAACACCGCCAGAGACGAAUGUGAACGAAUGAACGCAGAGUUACUCAUCUUAACAAACAAACUGGAGAAGGAGUUUGUGGUUAGUAAGACUAAACCUCUGUAUUACUGGUUGGGUCUGACUGAUGAACGCACAGGUGAAUGGGAGUGGUUAGAUGGGACGCCGUACGUGAUGGUGAGAAGUGAAUGGAUGCCGGGACAGCCUGAUAACUGGGAGGCUCAUGGUUUAGGAGGAGGUGAAGACUGCGCCCAUUUUCACCAUGAUGGGCGUUAUAAUGAUGACCACUGCUCUCGACUCUAUCGCUUCGUCUGCAAAAAACACGCAACGUCCAUCUGAGAGUCAACACUUCAUCUCAACAGACUGUUUAUGUGUUUGGAGUCAAAUUAUUUUGACAGAUAAUGAAUAAAACUACUUUUAGUGUCAAAGUAAGUUUUCCAAUUGACAAAACUCUCCUGACAUGUUUUCAUUUUUCCUUUAAUAAUAAUCUUGACUCAUCUACUGUAAUGGGCAUUUGGACAGGAUGGCAAAAAUGAAUGUCUAGAGUUGUGUCAAGUUACACAUUAUUUCAAGAAUGUUAUUCUGUGAUAAGAUUAAGAUGUCAGAUAAUAAAACCUCCACUAUAGCUGCUCAAUUUAUCCAUAAAAUAUAAACAUUCGCUUCAAAUAACAAAACUAAUGAAUUGUACAUUGUCCCAAGUUUGAUUAGGCUUCAAAUUUAAUAAAUUAUUUCUACUGAAA